CUUUGGUACAACAUUUAAAGCUCGGCAAAAUGCUUCACUGUCUUCACCAAGAUCAAGAUCAAAUCCUAGAUGUGAUUUUAAUCGGUAAAACAGGAAGUGGGAAAAGUUCCACCGGAAAUUCGAUUUUAAGAGAGGGUAAAACAUUUAAAACAAGCUACAAUACUAUUUCAGCAACAAAAAUACCUCAGUACGAAUGGAGCCAAUUUGAGGGGAGAAAACUCCAAGUAGUUGACUCCCCAGGUGUUAUUGAUACAUGCCAGGGCGAAAUAGGGGGGAUAACCUUGGUCAAAACUGCUUUACAAAACGCUAUGUUGGCUAAUCCAAAAGGCUACCACGCGUUUUUGGUUGUUUUAAAGUUUGCCACCCGCUUUACAGGAGAGGAGCAGAAAACUGUUGAAAUAUUGAAAGGAAUUUUAGGGAAAGAUUUUCUGAAGGAGUAUGGUAUUAUUGUCAUGACGAACGGAGACACGUUCGAACACCACUGUCAGAUCGAUAAGAAGUUAAACCUUCAAACAUUUUGUGCCGACGAGAAAGGUCCCUUUAAACAGAUAUUAGAAGAAUGUAACAACAGAAUUGUUGUCUUUGAUAAUUUAACCAAGGACGAAGCUGUAAAGCAAAAGCAGGUGAAACAGCUAGUUGAUAUGAUCGACAAGCUCGGAAACGGCGGUAAAAGAUACACCAACGAGAACUUCAAAAGAGCUGAUGAAUUCUAUCAGCUUUUUCUAGCUGAAUCUAGCACACCUAUGGUUAGCAAAUACGUUUUGGAACAACAUAGUCUAAUUAUGAGUGACAUAAAGAACGCUGAUUUAUUGAAAAACGAUCAAGAAAAAAUCAACGUACUAACAAAUUUAUUGCCAAAAAUUAGUAAUAUAAUUGAAGUAAUUAUCAAUAAAGACAAAGGUACAGGAAUGUUAAAAGAUUUUAUCGAAAAUGUUCAAAAUACACAGCAGCUGAUUAUUGACAGAAUACAAUUCCUUUCGAUUAUACUAAAGCAACGAGAGGAAAUAAAACAAAAGAACGAAGAAUUUAAACUCGAAAUACAAAAACUAAAAGAGAAAAAGGAAUCAAAUAUCAUAAGUGAAGAGGAAUUUAAAAAGAGCAACAGUAAUCUUGAAACUAAAAAGCAAAAAUUUGAGUUAGGAGAAAAGGAAAAAGAACAAAAAUAUUCUGAAAAAGCCAAAAUAUUGGCAGAGUCAAUGCGAAAAAUUGAAGAUAAACGAAGAAAACUGAAGGAAGAUGCAAAUGAUGACUUUUUCUUAAAAAUGAAAAAUGUAAUUAAAAAGUGGGGGACAUUUAUAAUAGACAAAGCAAUAGAUGGAGUGAAAUAUGUAGGGGAUAUGCUAAAGCAAAAAAUAAAUGAACUGCUUGCAUAAUAUAGCUGAAUACGCAGAUGAAAAUGAAUGGCAUCCCUCCCUCCCCCAACAAUAACUGUGUUAUACAUGUUAAUACUAUUGUUGCAUGCUUAAAGCAAAACUAUAAUUAACAUUAAUUCAAUUUUAUAAGCUGUUGAGCUUAGAAAUUAUAGGA